AUGAGCCGCAUCGCCGUCCGUCGCUUUGCGACAACGGCCGUCCGCGCCAUUGACCCGCCGACGGCUUACUCCCUCAACCUGUCCCGCGCGCAAGGCGUCGUCAAGGGCCUCACCGGCGCAAUCGGCAACACCCCUCUCAUCCGCCUCAACCGCCUUUCCGCCGAAACAGGCUGCGAAGUCCUCGGCAAAGCAGAAUUCAUGAACCCAGGCGGCUCCGUCAAGGAUCGCGCCGCCCUCUACGUCGUCAAAGACGCCGAGGAGCGCGGCCUCCUGAAGCCAGGCGGCACCGUCGUCGAGGGCACCGCGGGAAACACGGGCAUCGGCCUCGCCCACGUCUGCCGCUCCCGCGGCUACAAGCUCGUCAUCUACAUGCCAAACACCCAGUCCCAGGGCAAGAUCGACCUCCUGCGGCUGCUCGGCGCGGAAGUCUACCCCGUCCCCGCCGUGGCGUUCGAGAACCCGGAGAACUACAACCACCAGGCGCGCCGCCACGCCGAGAAGCUCGACAACGCCGUGUGGACGAACCAGUUCGACAACACGGCCAACCGCCGCGCGCACAUCGAGACCACCGGCCCCGAGAUCUGGGAGCAGACGGGAGGGAAGAUCGACGCCUUCACCUGCGCGACAGGCACCGCCGGAACCCUGGCCGGCACGACGCGCUACCUAAAAGACGUCUCCAACGGCCGCGUGAAAUCCUUCCUCGCCGACCCCCCCGGCAGCGUGCUGCACUCGUACGUCUCCUCGGGAGGGCAGCUCGUCGAGCGGAGCGGGUCCAGCAUCACCGAGGGCAUCGGCCAGGGCCGCAUCACGGACAACCUGCAGCCCGACAUUGGCCUCGUCGACGGGUCGCUGACGAUCGCCGACGAGAAGAGCAUCGAGAUGGUGUACCGCUGCCUCGACGAGGAAGGGCUGUACCUCGGCGCCAGCUCGGCGCUCAACGUCGUCGCCGCCAAGGAGGUGGCGGAGAAGCUCGGCAAGGGGAACACCGUUGUGACGAUCCUGUGCGAUGGCGCGUAUCGGUAUGCGGAGCGGCUGUUCUCGCGCAAGUGGCUUGAGGAGAAGAAGCUUUUGGGGGCGAUACCGAAGCAUUUGGAAAAAUACAUUGUUUUGCCUUAA